AUGCAAACUCCACACAGGAGGAUUCCCGUUCCAGCUGGGGUUCGAACCGGUGACCUUCUUGCUAUUGUGGUAAAGGUCGAGUCAAACCCCACAGACGCUCAGGACACUGUGUGUGACAGUAAUCACACCUUGAAUCAGGAUGAAUCUACUGAUCAAACCUCCACAGAGUCUCUGGAUUCUGUCUGUAACGCUGGAGAACAGCAGAUCCUGAACACCAGACCACUGAACAUGAGAAGACAAACCACAGCAGAAGAAGAAGAACAUCACACUGAUGAAGAUGAGAAUCAUGAUGAUAAUGAUGAUGAUGAUUUUAUUCCUUCAGAUGAGAGCGGUGAUUCAUGUGGUGAAUCUUCAUCAAAACAGCGAGUGACAGCACAAGCUCUUCCCUGCAUCACAGAGGAACAUUUAGAGGGACAUGAGAGGAGUCACACGGAACAGAAGGUCUUACAAGAGCAGCAACAUCGUUCACAAGAGCACGAAAAGGAGCACAAGAAACAGUUUCUCUGUGAGCUGUGCGGCAAGAAUUUUGUCUCCUCUUUUAGUCUGAAAACUCACAUGAGGACACACUCUGGAGAAAAGUCUUUCCACUGCAGUGAAUGUGACAAAUGUUUCAGCAUCAAAAGCUAUCUUGUUAGUCAUCAGAGAAUUCACACGGGAGAAAAACCGUACGCGUGUCCUCAGUGUGAUAAGAGAUUCAGGCACAACUCUCAUCUCAGGAAACAUUCGUUUUUACACACCAAUGAGAGACCGAAUCACUGCAGUCAAUGUGGAAAAACCUUUAAGAGUUCAGCAUCUUUAAAGUCACACCAGAGAACACACUCUGAGGAGAAACUCUAUCAGUGUUCACACUGUGAUAAACAUUUCCGUGAGAAACUUCAUCUGAUAAAUCAUCAGAGAAUUCACACUGGAGAGAAACCUUAUCACUGCAGUGUUUGUGAGAAGUGUUUCACCACAUACGGGACCUACUCCAGGCACCAGAGAACUCAUACAGCUGAAAAACCCUUCAAAUGUUCUCAGUGUGACAAGACGUUUGCUCGAUCAGAUGUCCUAAAAACCCAUGAGAGAGUUCACACUGGAGAGAAACCUUAUCACUGCUCCAUCUGUGGAGAGAGAUUUGCUUAUUUAAAAUGUCUUAAAGCUCAUGAGAAGAAACAUGCUGGAAAACAAACUGCACUGGAUUCAUCGUAGCAUCUUUAAUCAAUAUGUUACUUUAGCUUGAACUCACGGUUGUUAUAUUUGUGUGAUCUUGAGAAAAUAAUGAUCUCUAAAUCGUGAGAAUUUCUCUGUUUAUUUUUGAAACGUGCUACAUUUGUAGAUGUACAAACAUACUAAAAUAACUCAUCAUGAAAUCUCAUUUGUAUUCGUUGUACCGAACAUUUAUUAGAUUUAGACCUCUUGAAGAUGUUGAGAAUGGAUGCAGCUCUUUUAAAGAUGUUUAGCAGAUGUUUUUACAUAGCAGAUGUUUUCCAGAUCUUGACAGACAUCUUACAGAUGUACCUGUGCUAUCGGGGAAUAAAUUGCUCUGCAAAACGACCUUGCUUCAUUGACAUGUUGACAUUACUUUGCAUUUAUGAGCCGUACAUUAUCAUGCCGGUGUCUGUGACACAAAAUAAACACAUCUGUGCCUAUAACAUUGUUUGAAUAGCCAUCUGUGUGAAUAUUAAAAUGAGUGGCCAGUUA